CGAUGCAUCCAUUGUUUGGGAGUGGGAGAGAGGCGAAGUUUGUUUCGCGUAAUUUUUUCUGGUUUUCAUGGCUGCAAAAUGCAGAACUCCAAGGCCAAAAUGGACGAAUUUAAGACCAGGUUCAUGGACCUGCUGCACAAACAGACGAAUCGACAAAUGAAAAUUCCAGCAAUGGGCUUUUCCGAUUAUUUCAUACAGACCGUCACAACGGAUAACUUGGCCACCACAACUAAAACAGCAGCUACAGCAACAGCAGCAGCAGAAAAUACGGAAACAGAUGCUGCAGAUGGAGUACAAAAAUCGGAUCAGGAAAUUCUGGAGAGCAUCGAAGAGUGCUACUACAGCGCCGAUAGCAAUCCAGAGCUUUACGAACUUAAGAAAGUACUUGGCAAUGGCAUUGAUAACCAGCUUAUUGAGACCACCAUUGCACAGCUGCGAACUCAGCAAAAGGUGCUGACCAAGCAGGUGCUGCAGAACAUAUUGGAACAACGCAAUGCGUGCAGCAGCGAGUUUCAGGCCAUCAAUGAGACGCAAAAGAAACUGGAAGAAUCGCUGUGGACAUGUCAAAAGGCGCGUUCCUAUUUAAACUAUGCACGCACAAAUCUAACGACGACCAGCUUAGAGAUCUUGGCCAGUUAUCGCAAGCGCGAGGUGCUUAAGGAAGUUCUAGACACGCUGAUGGCCAUAAAGAAGUUGCGCACCACGGAUGAGGAGCUGCAAAAACUGUUGGCAGACCACAACUAUUCCGCAGCCAUUGAGCUGUUGCUGCAGUGCCAAAGCUCUGCGGCAGGCUUCAUGCAAUACAAUUGCGUGCAGUCGCUGCACAAGAAGCUGCAGGAGACAAUGCUCUUAAUGGAGUAUCAGCUGGACACCGUGCUGAACGAAAUGGUGCUGAAUUUUGAUAUACGCAAAUAUGCCAAGCUGCAGGAGGCAUACAAGCUGGCCAACAAGUCGCUGAUUGCCAUGGAUCAGUUGCACAUCAACUACAUCUCGGCGGUGCACACGAUGGUCAAUGCAGUGGUGCGCGGUUACAGCGAGCCCAAUGCGGAGGAGCAACCCAAGCUACUGUACGAGCAGCUGUGUGAACAACUUAGUGCGGACAAGCUUAUUCCUUGCUUGAUCAGCUUGUGCAAGACGUUUUGGACGAUACUGGCCUCCUACUAUCAGGUGGUCAUGUGGCACAACAAUUACAAGCUAUACACACAGCAAGAGGAGAGCGAUGGCGAAUCACCCGAUCUUUAUAUACAACAAAAAUUAAAGAAGGGCCAGUCGCGUAUCUGGAACGAUAUACUUAACAAAGUUUGCCUCUUUCUGCAGAGCGCUAAGCUGACGACGCUCAAGUAUGAUCAAUUUAUACAGGUGCUGUCCAUAGUGCAGCGUCUGAAGAAGGUGGGCGUGGAGUUUUGCAGCGAGCAGUCAGAGAAGCUAAUUGCAACUAUGCAGCAGCAGAGCGAGGAGUUCUUCAGACGUUAUCACAUAUGUUGCGUUGAGGAGAUCUGCUUGUUCUUGGACAAUGAGUCCUGGACGCCGUUGGACUCAUUUUCGCACAUACUGCAACUGCCGGAAUUCCGAUCGGUGCGACAUACGCUUCGUCGUCAUAAAUCACCAACGACUGCGCUGCUAGCCUCAAACAAUAACUCGCCCAUUAGCAACAACAACUGCGACGAGCUGGUUUCUGUACACUCACAGGAUGGUGGCGGCAGCUCAAUUUACGGUUCCUAUGGCUACUUUUUGCGCUUCUCGGAGAAGAGUUCGCCCUUCGAUGGUGGUCUCGAUGCUGCCAUGCUGGAGGAGGACAUACUGUCAGGCAUAGUGGACGAAGCGUCUUGCUACUUUAGCGAGGAAAGUGACGACGAACAAAAGAGUCUGCAGAGCAAAGAGUUUGCCGAAGAUGCCAACAAUCAACUACUUGUGAAUAACACAGCUCUGAAUGUGUUGCGCUGCAUUGGACGCUAUCUGCAGAUGUGCAAGCUGCUGCACUGCAUCUCCCCGAAGAUAGUGUCGUGUAUGCUGGAGCUGCUUGACUUUUAUGCCUAUGCGGUGCAUGAAAUCUUUGGCAAGGAUGCGCUGGUGCCCACGGAUAAUCUCUAUACGCCGCGUCUUGAGCAGCGUCUGCGUGCCGUAGAAACCAACGUGCUUACGCAGAUCAAAGUUUGGCCCUUAAACUUUUCAUCUUUGAUCAACAAUGAACUGGCCAAUCCGGACACGCUGUACGGUCUGCCACAACGCAUUGUGGCUAUUGAGGCUGGGCGCAGCAUGUUUCAACAAUUUAAUGUGCUGCAGCACUAUUUGAAUCAUUUAUUGCCUGCUGCCGAACGACCAACUCUAAUCAACUAUUUCGAAUAUGGAGAAUUCAUUGCUGAUCUGGCCAAACCAGUUUACACAUGCGUCUCAUCGCGCGUCAUCGAUCUGUCGGCCAUACUAGCACAAAUGGCCAAGGUCAAGUGGGAUGUGAAUCAUGUGACGCAUCAGCACAGCAGCUACAGUGACGUCUUAAACCGCAAUAUACAGAGCUUCGCCAUGUGCCUGGAGGAAAUCUCCAAGGAAGUAACCAUACCCAGCAAACAUGUUUGGAACGCGAUGGCACAUGUGUCGACACAUUUGCUAGUAGAGGGCUUCUCGAAUGUUAAGAAAUGUUCAGCUGGCGGCCGUGCCCUCAUGCAAUUGGAUUUUGCCAAUUUUAUGUCGUUUCUUGAACUAAUCUCGAACCAGAAAUAUCCGGAACAUCGCGCUUACGUGGAUGUCUUUAUAAAGUCGUAUUAUUUUUCGCCCGAACAGUUCGAGCAAUGGAUCGAACAGCAGCGACAGGGCGAUGAAUAUUCAGCUAGGCAAUUGUCAAAUCUGAUACAAUGCAUUUGUGUCAGCGAUAAGCGCACACGACAGAGGCUGCUGCAGCUGCUGGAGGGCGUAUCAGCUAGUGUUACGCCAACCACAACGCCGCACAAGAAUAACUAUAACUCCGGCUCAAAUCUGAGCAAUGUUAUUUAAAUUCUUUCAUUUGUAUUGUGUAUCGUAUUUAUUUUGUUAUAUAUAAUUGUAAUCAAUCGCUAACUAUGUGGUCGAACCUGUGUUAGUAGUUGAACUCUCAAGAACUC